AAAUACGAUGAUUGUUUUGAUAUCUGCUAGGUGUGAGCUAAGCUAGUUGUCGUCUGGCUGGUAAUGACAGGCACACAUUAACUGUGCAGUUUUGAUGUCGGAGUUAAGGCCGUUCAACGGCAUUCUCGUCAGUAUGCAAGUCUAAUAAACGUACAGUGUUUUUGGCAGGAGAUAGGCGUACUGGUUGGCGUUUAACGGUAGUAGGUACGGUUUGCUAGCUUCCUUCGUUGCUAACUCGGAGACUGUCAUUUUUUAAGUUCGUUUUAGCAUGGACUGCACGGCGCUGGAGCACGACGCUGUCAAAUUUGCGAAAACAGCUGUUACGUACGAUCAAAAUGGCAAAUAUAACGAGGCUGUAUUUUAUUAUAAGGAGGCAGCUCAGGCCCUGAUCUACGCUGGAAUGGCAGGGUCCAAAUUGGAUGGAAUCCAGGAUAAAGUGAAUGAAUACUUGCAUCGGGUCCAGGCCCUCCACAACGCUGUUCAGGCACAGAAGAGUGACCCACUUAAAUCCAGACAGCAGGUGGACCUAGAGCGUGCCCAUUUUCUUGUCACCCAGGCCUUCGAGGAGGAUGAGAAGGGAAAUGGUGAUGAGGCCAUUGAGCUGUACACUCAGGCUGUGGAGCUGUGCAUUAAAACGUCCAACGAGACAUCAGACCAGACCCUGCAAACAAAACUGAAGCAGCUAGCCCAUCAGGCUUUAGACAGGGCAGAGGGUCUUAAAGAAUCCCACUCUAAAUCAACUGCAUCCCAGACCGGAUCCUCCAACUCAAAGCCAGCCACUGGUGGCAAUUCAGGGGGACCAGUCCGGCAAUUUUUUCCCUUAGGCCCGGACUUCACGCUUAACGAUCGGUCUCAGCCCCACCCAGUUCGGGCUGUCCAGUCCAGUGAGCCCCAGGGCCAACGCUACACAUCUGAUGAAAUUGAAGUGCUCAGAACUACAUCUACAAUCAAUGGCAGAGCCUAUGUACCCUUCAUGAGUGUGGACCUAAAGGAACGUUUUGCUUUUCCUGUCCCUUUCUCUGACAAAACAGGUAAAUUGGCGCUGUCACCUAAACAGAAAGCCAUAUUCUCCCGCUGGGUGCGGCCAGAUGAGAUCUGCAAUAACCCCACAAUGAUCAUGUCUGUGUCGAGCUUCAGCAUCAAACAGACAGUGGUUUCUGAUUGUUCCUUUGUGGCAUCGCUAGCUAUCAGUGCAGCAUACGAGAGGCGCUACAACAAGAAACUUAUCACCAGCAUCAUUUACCCUCAGAACAGGCGAGGGGAACCAGAGUAUAAUCCCUGUGGGAAGUACAUGGUCAAACUUCACAUUAAUGGAGUUUCCAGGAAGGUAAUUAUCGAUGACUAUUUGCCAGUGGAUCGCAAUGGAGAGCUACUGUGCUCCUACUCAAGCAACAGGAAUGAGCUCUGGGUCUCACUUAUUGAAAAGGCCUACAUGAAAGUGAUGGGGGGGUAUGACUUCCCUGGCUCCAAUUCGAACAUUGAUCUACAUGCACUCACAGGCUGGAUCCCUGAGCGCAUUGCUAUGCAUUCAGACAAUCAGUCAUUCAGCAAGGAUGACACCUUCCGCAUGCUGUUCCAGAGAUUUCACAGAGGUGACGUCCUCAUUACCACAGCAACGGGUGUGAUGACAGAGGAGGAAGGGGAGAGAUGGGGAUUGGUGCCAACCCAUGCCUACGCUGUUCUUGAUAUCAGGGAAUACAAGGGAAUGCGUUUUCUGCAGCUGAAGAAUCCAUGGAGUCACCUGAGGUGGAAGGGGCGCUACAGUGAGCGGGAUGAGAAAAACUGGACUCCUGAACUUCUAAAAUACCUCAACUUUGACCCCAAGACAGCACAGAAGUUUGACAAUGGUGUUUUCUGGAUUGCGUGGGAGGACCUGUGUCAAUAUUAUGAUGUCAUCUAUCUGAGCUGGAACCCCUCCCUGUUCAAAGAGUCCUUCUGUAUUCACAGCAGCUGGGAUGGUAAGCAGGGCCCAGUGAAAGAUGUCUACAGUCUGGCCAACAACCCACAGUACAAGCUGGAGGUCCAGUGUCCAACAGGGGGAGCUGCUGUGUGGGUGCUGCUCACGAGACACAUUACUGACAAGGAUGAUUUUGCACAAAACCGAGAAUUUAUCACUCUUGUUGUUUACAAAACUGAUGGGAGGAAGGUUUACUAUCCAGCGGACCCCCCUCCCUACAUUGAUGGCAUUCGCAUCAACAGCCCUCACUACCUGACCAAGAUAAAGUUGACCAGCCCAGGAACACACAUCUUCACUCUAGUGGUUUCCCAGUAUGAGAAACAGAACACCAUAAACUACACACUGCGGGUGUACUCUGGAUGCAAAUUCACCUUUUCCAAGAUCUCAAAUCCAUUUACUCAUGUCAAAAGGAUUAAUGGCCAAUGGAAGGGUCUCAGUGCUGGAGGUUGUGGAAAUUAUAAAGACUCAUACAAACACAACCCAAUCUAUCAGAUCAGCUUAGAUCGAUCUGGACCACUGCUUGUUGAGCUCAGAGGAUCCAGGCAGUACAGUGUUGGGUUUGAAAUGGUAUUGGUGUCGGUGGUUGGUGAUCAGGCAGGCUUCCAGAAGAAGAGCAGUGGAGAUUACAGAUGUGGUUUCUGCUACAUGGAAGUGGAUCAUGUCCCUGCAGGCAUCUAUAAUGUCAUCCCUACCACCUUCCUGCCCAAACAGGAAGGACCCUUCUUCCUGGACUUUGCCAGCACCACAUCCCUCAAGGUCUCCCAGCUUCAAUGAAGAAUUAAGAUGGGGAGAGCGAGGGAGGUGAUUGUUGAGAGACACAUCAGGGUAUCAUGGAAUAUUACCAAAUCUACAUAUGAUAAUGAGGUAUUAGUGCCUCAGUAGGACACAAGGAGGGCAGAAUGAGUGUUGGCUUUGCCGAAUACAGUCAAACCAUUGUCCAAAAUGCUUCACAGAGGCACAAGGACACGUAAUGGGCUUAAAGUACAGUUCUGGUAAAAGAAUAAAUCUUAAUAAUGACUCAUUAACAGGAACUAAAAGAAAGUGGUGAGUCAAAUGGGUGUUUGAGACAAAAAAAAUACAAGUAUGUGCAGUUAUAGAGCUCUUUUUUUCCCCACAUCUUUGAAUGAUCAGCUAGUAUAAUUAUCAAUUAAUCAGGUGGUCUGAUCGAAGACUUCAAGUAACAGAAGUUAGUGGUUCAGUGUGUAAUAUUUAUGAUACCUAGUAGGAAAUUUGCCAAUGAACCAAAUAAAUAGCCCCACACCUCCCUCUUCAAUGGCCAUUAAAAAUCUGUCAUUAGAGCUAGUAUUUGUUUUUCUGUUACUGUUUAGUUAAAUUAACUUCACUCCCUACAUCGUUGGUGACAAUAAUGCAGAGGAAGUCUAUUCUCAGCUGCUGGAGAAACAUUGUGGCACAACGUGUUGGACUCUGUCAAAGGUGACCUGCACAUAGAUUUUUUUAAAUCUAUGAGCAGGUCAGAGCUCAUUCUAAGGUGAUGAAAACAGAAUUCUUCUAUUUCUGCAGUUCCCCUUAAUAGUUCUAAAUCUUACACACUGAACUUUCAAAUAGCCACAUUCUGGAUGAAACUUGUCAAGUAACAUCAAGGUAAAUGAGCAUCACGCACUGUAAAUUCUGAAAAUUGCAGCUGUUUUUCCUCAGUGAGCACCAUGUCUUCUACUAUUUAAUGAAGUUUCUGUUUUCCCACACAGGGGAAGCAACCUUCAUUCAGAAAUUCUGUUUUCAUAGUUAAUAUAAACCUGUCACCCAUUUUCCUCAGGCAUCACAUACAAAGCCUGAAGCUCAAAUUCUGUUAUCAGAUGGAUAAUGUCAUAUUGCAGUGCUUAUUGUCAUACAAUUACAUGGAAUCAUCAUGUAUCAUGGAAACAAAUUCUCAUCAUACCACAGCCCACCAACUCAAGAAGCAUAAUGUGUUGCACAUUUUAAUAUCCCUUGGCCAAAUAUAGUGUAAGAUUCUGUUGAAAGUUACUGCCUUAUAAUUUAGACAUGUCACCAUUUGACCCUGAAAAAGUAGGUCGAGGUGAGCUAUUUUCAAUAGGCUUCUGCUUCAUGCCAAGAUGCAUCCACAGUAUAGAUUUGGAGCAGAUAUCUCAAUGCAUUCUUCAGAUAAUGCAAUUACAUUGUUGAAUGGACAGACGUCAAAACGAUUACAAUACCCCUUCGGCCAUUUCUGGCCAAGGGGUAAAAACUGAAAUUACAAAAGACAGUGAAAAAGAUAUUGGCUCAUAAAAAAAUGUAGCCACUUCCUAGUGAAAAUUGGUGUUUAAUGUCUUAUGUGAUAUAUAUAAUAUGAUCAACACUCCAUAUAAUGCUGCUGAACGGGAAAUCUGGAGAAAGAACCAGUAGACUUUGAAAAUGCAGACCUUGUUUUGUGCACCUCUCUCAUCUCGAUCCAGAUCUUCCGUGUUGUGAUACAGAGUAUAGCAGUAGAAUCACAUCCAGCUUAUGUCUGACAGAAUCUGUUUGGCAAUCUGGAAUUACCACUGUCAAUCAUGUAUUUAACUCCCUAUCUGUCUUAAAACAUGAUACACAAUGUGUGUAUCAUGAUGUAAAUUUUCCACAACCUGAGAACACAUGCAAAGAGAAGAUGCAGAAGCUUCAUGUCUUCUUAGCCCACUUAAAUUGUAAUACACUGGAAGUUUAUAACAGUGUUUUUUUGUUUUGUUUUGUUUUUUUUGUUUUUUUUAAUUAAGCACUGCUGUGUCAAGCACUCUUGAUGGUAAUGGGCUAUAAUUCCAGGUCAUCAGUUCAUCAUUAUCGUUGUCAUUAUUUCUUAAGCAGUAGUAAAACAACACACCACACAAACCCUGCAGGUUAAAAUGCAGACAAAUGUUAAUGAAUCACUAUUAACUUAUUAACCUUGUCAACAGAGCAACAUUAAUGCAACAAACAACCAACAAAGCAACAUUGUCCAUAAAAUACACUAAAUACUCAAUACUUGGAACAUUUAAAAUGUAUGUCACCAUAGUAGGAAAGUUUCGGAAUAAGACUGUUAUUUAAUGACAUAGUGUAUAGGAUCCCUGAGGGUAAAUUUAACUUACUUGCCAUCUUUUUCACAUCUCACACAUGCAGCAGAUUUCUCUGUACUAUACCUGCAAUCAGCAUAAAAGUGUGUUCCAAUAAUUUUAUAAGGUGAAAAGACUGAAAAAAUUAUGUUUUUCCUGCUAUAUCAAACAGAAAUAUUAGGAAAUAUUUAAUGCCAUUAUUAGCCAAUGUCUAAUGGCAGUUCAGGGGUUAUCAAAUACAGUGGAACAUCCCAGUACAAGUUUAAUUGGUUCCAUUACCGUGCGCAUUUUGCGAUUUACUCGUUUCACGAAUCAGUUUUCCCCAUUGAAAUUAAUUGAAAUGUGAUUGAUCUGUUCCAGCCCCAAAUAAUCCUUUUUCAAGGGUUUUUCUCUCUCUUUUCACUUAAUUUGUUUUUUCUGGCCUCACUUUCAUCGCUGUCUGCACUUGCAGGUGGUUUCAUUAAAAACCUAUCCAGACAAAUCUGCUCUGUUCUGCUUUUUAAGAUGUUCCAAAAAUGCGCCAGACCAUUGCCAUUAAAUAAAGCAGCUGCACGACCUGAACUUCAUUUGUCUGGCUAAUUUUUUUUUUUUUUUCAACAAAAUCAGAAACCUUAGUCCACUUUACCAGUGCUUGUUUUAAUUUCCUUGUAGAGAUAGCCUUCUCCAGUCCACUGUCCUCAUUGGGGAAUUUCAUAAUCUCCUCCAUCUGAAUGCUGGUGCUCCUGAAUGUGAUGUAAUCCUGCAGAGCAUGCAGCUGUUGGAGGAACACCUUCUCGGACUGUGAAUUUCCACUUGUAUUUUGAGACAAAAAUUCUCAAGAAUAAAAAGCUAAUUUCUCGUUCUACGGCAAACGCGUGCUGUGAGGUUCCAUUGUAUAUUGUUUUACCUUGACACAUUCCAUUAGUUUGCAUAACAUGAACACUGCAAUAUGAUAUUAUCGUGCUGAAAAAGUGCUUGAGCCUCACACCCUGAGUGUGAUGUUAGUGUGUGUGUUCAAUUUUGAGAUUCAUCUGCAAAAUAUCCAAGUUUUGGCCUGGUUUCCUUCAGAAAAUCUCAGUCCCUUAUCUGGAACCCUUUAAGGUUUGGGAACAGACUGUAAUCUAAUGGAGCCACACUUCAGGAACAGUUAGUACUGUGCAGACUUUUGAAUUCAAGUCAGUGCACUGACCUCAAAUUUUUUUGGGAUUCAGGUAUACGCCUGAAUGAUUGUAGUCUUUCUCCCAUGUGUCCAAUUAUAUGUGGUUAUAACUAAAUAUCAUGUCUGUAUGAGUGAUAUUAUAUACAAAGUGAAUAAAUUUUAAUCAUACUUUAGUUUGUUGUAUGUUUUUAUAGAUGAGUGACAGUGGCUAAAAAACAUAUAAUGUCAAUUGGUUUCAUCUACUCAGUACCUGAUUUUUUUUUUCAUUGAAUUCAAUAAAAUGUAGAAAAUUCAAAAGUCUGUACAUACAAUAAUUGUCACAACUGUUUCUGCAGCAUGGAGUGAACUAGGUUUCACUGUAAUAUGUUAUCUCAAGCCUUAUUAUGUUAAAGGUGGAGUAAGUGAUUCUAAUCCUCAGUCUGCUGGCUGGAAGUAUGUCAAUUCUACAGUUGUUGCACCAGACCAGGCUGCUCACUCUCACUAGUACUGCUACUGCUGUGAACAGAGGAAGUACUUUAGCUGGUGUUUUGUAAAUAUUCCUGGUUUGGCAUAUUUAAAAAAGGAAAAAAGUAAAGCCAUUUGGACCAACCCACUCACUAAUCCAGCCAGUCAAAUACAACCAGAUGUGUUCUUGCAGUGGUCAUUGCAUUUAUGUGCAAAUACAAUGCAAACACCAACUGUCUUUCUCAGGAACUGCUUUCUACACCUUUAACUGAGCAGGAUGUAUAAUGGCUAGUUUGAUAUAUGUGAAUGUAAGCACACGUCUGUCAUUAGUAUACAGUGUCAUAAUGUCUUUUUCGCAGCUGUUGUAUAGCAUCAGCCUCUAUGGCUGAGUUCUAAACAGCCUAGACUGUGUAAUGGAACUUCAUUGAGUUAGCAGUUUAGCACAUGUACAGCUGUCAACCACAAGCAUUGGCUGCAAGGCUUUUUUUUUUUUUUUUUUUAAUCAAAGCGAUUUGUGGCACAUAAUGCACAGCAAAAGUAUUAGAAGAAAACCAAGUCAUAAAUAAAUUAGUUUGUCAUUCACAUUACCCUUAUGAAAUGAUAUAAUCCAAGUUUGGUUUUUUCACUUUCAUUUACUUCCAAUGUUGAAUAAAAAAGAAAAAAGCCCAUAGUGCCAGUGGUUGACUGUACUAAUAAUGUGUGAUGCUAAAAAGUAUAAAUGUGCUGUAAAAAGAAAGAGCUUUUAAUAUUGAUUGCCAAGCACCUUUGCCAAAUCAUUUAAUUAAUUAUUCGUUAAACUGCAGCUGUCUCAGCAGCAUGUUGUAUGAAUGACAGUAUAAUUGAAGGUACCCUUGCAGAACUUGCACUAUAUGUUCAAAUAAAUGGUAUGUUCAGCCUUUGAAUACAAAAAA